AUGGACCACUCGACCCUAGUAUUCGCAUCCGUCUUCCCCGUUCUCUCGCUCUCGCAUACGACGCCUACACCAGUCGCGACUCCUGACUUGGGCUAUAUAGCGCCAGGUACCUCAUUCGGUAGUCCAUAUACCGGCAAAAACAUCGAAGGAUACGGCCAGAAUCAACACCGAGCGGUUAAGCGCAGCCAGGCAUGGAGCUGCGCAACACGGUUCUUGAGCUUGCCGAAAGAUAUCUCAAUCGUUCCGCGAUUGCACAGGACAAGGGAUGUCGAAGAGGCGCUGAGCUAUCUGCUCGUGGGCAAGGGAAAGAGCGAGGAUAGUAAGGAAGAGAGCUUGGUGGAGUGGUAUACGAAUGAGUGCAGAUUGCACUUUGCGAACCAUGUCAGAAGCGGGUUUGAACAACUCUGGGGCAAAGAAGUGCAGCUUCAACAUGCCUGGGAUGUUCUGGACGAGACGCAACGCGCGUUUGAACAGGUGCAGAACUUUUACCUCGAGCCGUUUAAUGAGCAUCUUCUGCCGUUCUUGCAGAAUGAUGGGAGUGCGUCGACGAUAAGGCCAAACAAGCCUACACAGGUGGAGGAGCCGGGGUCGUCGGAUGCUGCUAGCUCGAAGUUUUUGAGAGACUUACAUGCAAUCUUUGCGCAUUGUUUGCCGGCGCAGCGCUACUCGAAGACGCUGAGCUACGUCCUGUACGACGCGGGAUGCAGACUCUACCGCGUAUACGUACGGCAUGAUGGCGUACAGCCCUCAUCGACGCCAGAAGUGACGACCGAGUUCCGGAAACGCAUGACCACGCUUCUUCAAGGGCUGGAGCGCGUCGGUCUCGGCGGCGACAGAGCGCAGAAAGCGUUUGCGCAUGCCAUGAACAAGCUCCUCGACUCUUACAUGACCAGCCACUACCUCAAGGUCGACUGGUAUUCGAAACAGUCGAUUGUAUCGCACAUGAGAUUGUGGAUCGAGAAGGGCUUCUGUCCGCUUGUCGAGCUGGUGUUGGAGUGUCUUCAGUGCGAGCAGAACUUGGACGAGCCAGAGUUGACAAUCCUCUUCGACUUUGUUAUGAACUGGGAUAAGAGUCUGGGUGCUGUGCUUGAUAUCAAGGAGUACUUGAAAGUGCCCGGCGCAAAGCAGCAUCUCACUUCGAGCUUCUCACAGCAGAUUUCGAGGCGCUUGUUGCAUCCUGGAGCGACAACGACUUACAUCUUGAAUAUGAUCAUCAUCUCUAGUCUUCUCACGGAUCUCAGCGACGAAACUGGCAUGAAGUUCUCCAUGAACAGCGAGUUGUCAUACGAAAUUGCCUGCGAAAUGGCCAAGCCAUUCGCGAACUACGGCCAAGACAUGGAUGAGGAGCUCAACUGGAACGACAUGAACUGGCAACCACUGCCCACGGAUGCUUCGCCAGACUACAAGAAGUCAAAGGUGGAAGACGUCAUAUGGUUCUUGCUGACACUUUGGGAGCGAGAAGACUUCAUCAACGAACUGAAGAACAUCUAUGGAGAUCAUAUCCCAGAGUACGAGAAGGAGAUUCGACUUGUGCUCGACUCAAAGCGCAUCAACGCUUCCAUCCGAGCAGCCAGCACAACGUCUUCAUCCGCGUUCCAAACACCAGAUGCCCGCAACAGGAACCUCCAAACACCAGAAGUCCUCGGACCACGAACGCCUCGUCGACGUCGACCUGCACCUCCAGCACCUCCAGCAGGCCCACCAGCCCCAACUCUCAACGCCCAAAUCCUCUCAUCCUUCUUCUGGCCCUCCCUCCGCGACGACACCUUCCUCGUACCGGAGCAAAUCGCGUCUCUCCAAAAAGACUACGAAUCGCGCUUCGAGCGCAUCAAAGGCAUGCGCAAACUCCGCUGGAUGCACGCGCUCGGCACCUCCUCCAUCACCCUCACCUUCGACGACCGCACCGAAGACUUCGACCACCUGACACCCUGGCAAGUCAGCGUUGUGCACGCCUUCCAGCCGCAACCCGGCGAAGAGCACAUCGCUCGCAAAAAGAAAGGCGGCGAGGGCAUCAGCCGCAACGUCUCACAGCUCGAAGACAUGCUGCAAAUGGACGACGCGCUCAUCCGCCAGGCCCUAGCCUUCUGGACCGGAAAAUCCGUCCUCCGCUCCAUUGCACCCGAUACAUACGCCGUCAUCGAAUCGCUCCCGAGUAAAUCCGCGCUCGCAAACGCGGAUUCCAGCGCUGCGGCCGCCGCGGAGGAAUUCGCUGCUAUCCAGGCUGCCACGACGACGGUCAAGUCCCAGGCCGAUCUGCUGAAUGAGAAGAAAGACGUGUACAAGGCGUUUAUACUGGGCAUGUUGACGAAUCAGGGGAAUAUGCCGGUGCCGAGGAUCCUGAUGAUGAUGCGCAUGAUGGUGCAGGGGGGGUUCCCGUUUGGGGCGGAGGAGGUUAGGGAGGUACUUGCGGAGAUGGAGGGGGGUGGGAAGGUUGUGGGGUUUGGGGGGGAUGUUUGGGGGGUGAAGAAGUAG